AUCUUCAGAAACAAUAAUCAUUCCUUUCAGAAAAGAUGAAGUUAAUCUUUGUGGGCAUAGUUUGCUUCUGCAUCUUGAUGAACACACAAACAGGUGCCAGGCCGGUUGAGGAUGAGGAAGACCCUUAUAGAGAACCUGCAUCCAUGCCCUACUGGCCUUUCAUGAACAACGAUUUCUGGGCCUAUGUGGAGUACUUCCGGACCCUGGGAGCAUACCACAGGAUCAAUGAGAUGGCCAGGACUUUCUUUGCUCACCAACCUAUUGCAAAUACUCUUGGAUACAAUGUCCCAGAUCAUGAGCACUAGUUCAUUUGCCAGUCCUGUUUUGUUACCAACAAAGCACCAGAAUUGCUAGCUUAAUAACUGUGUUGUUCCAACUCUUUAAAAUCAAAUAUAUAUCCUCUUAUU